AUGAGGAAAAUAUCGGGCCAAUUGCUUUCGUCGAAGCCCAUCUCACUCUCUAGGGCGGCGAAGCUCAUCUCCCGCUUCGCCGCCGUCGAUAACGGCUCCUCCCCCGUCGUCUCCUUGUACCUGCAGCGCACAGCCGACGCCUUUAAUAACUUGGUCCAGUUCCACAGCAAGCGCUUGAGAACUAGCGAUGUCGAAAGUAGUCCGGACCGGAAGAGGGAACCCAAACCGGCGGAGGACCGGCCGGAGAGGAAUUCGGAUGGAGCAGCUGCGGAGGAUUCGAACGGCGGCGGAAACCCUAAUUCGGUAGAGGUGCAGAAUUCGACAAGUGAGGAGAGGAAAAGGAAGAAGAAGAGCAGGAGUGAUUCUGCUGUUGACGAUUCGAAGGAGAGGAGCGGCAAUAAUCCCGAGGCGAAUUCUUCGUGUGUGGAUGAGGUGCAGAAUCUGCAGAAUGGAGAGAUGAAGAAGAAGAAGAAGAAAAAUAAGAAGAGUAAGAGUGCUGAAGUUGGUCUGAAGGCGAAUAGCAUCGGUAAUCCUGAAAUUGAAGUUGAAUAUAUGCAAAUUGAGGAGAAGGAGCAGACGAAGGAGGAGAAUACGAAGAAGAUAAAGAAGAAGAAGAGUCACUCUGCAGUUUGA